AUGUCAAAAAACAAUGCGUUAGCUCGUCUUAACUUAAUACAAGACCAUCUCACUCAACCAACAGGCUCAAUAGACUUAGCAAACGAAAGGUCAAAUGCGAGUUUCAACGUUGAGCAUAUGUAUUGGCUAUUUUGUGGUUCAAAAGAAUUCGCGAAAGCUUUAUCUGAUGCGUACCAAAUGAUACAACGCGACCCAGACCUUUAUAUUCCUGGUGGGCAUAGUUUUGAUAUGACUCAACCUCAGCAACGUGAACUCGUCCAACGACAAGUCUUGAGAUACCAAAGAGCUCACAAAACUUUAAAAGAUCCAUUAUUACGUAGAGCCUUAGAAAUCGCGAUGUGCAUUUAUUCUGAAGCGUUUUCGAUGAAAACAUAUGUUCACAAUACUUUAUUUCGCCAAUCGAUUGAAUUUUUCGGAACAAAAGAACAGCAAGACGAGUGGAUGGAUGAUGUUUUAAAUUGGAGAAUUAUUGGAUGUUUUGCUAUGACUGAAUUGGGUCACAGUUCUUUUAUACGUGGUCUAGAAACUACUGCAACUUAUGAUAGAAUUCAUGACGAAUUUAUUAUCAAUUCCCCAACUUUAACGGCUACAAAAUGGUGGAUAGGAAUGGCAGGCCAGACAGCUACGCAUACUGUUGCAAUAUGUCAAAUUAUAAUUGAUUCAGAAAAUCACGGCAUUAACUGGUUUGUAGUCCCAUUGCGAGAUCGUAAAACUGGUCAUUUACUUCCUGGAAUUACGGCUGGCGAUCUUGGUGCAAAAUAUGGUCGACAUGGCCUAGAUAGUGGAUGGAUACAAUUUUCUAAUGUUCGUAUUCCACGAAAAAAUAUGUUAAUGAAAUGGUCAAAAGUAACUGAAGAUGGAAAAUAUAUACCACCACAAAAUCCUGCAAUUGCUUAUACGCCUUUAAUUGGCGAACGAUUAACAGUUCUCUCUGGAACACAAAAUGCUUUGGGAAGAGCGUUGACUAUUGCUUGUAGAUAUGGUUGUGUUAGACGUCAGAGUGUUGAUGAUGGACAAAUUAUGAAUUAUCAAACUCACUACGUCGGACUUGUUCCUUGUGUUGCUAGCAUUUAUGUUAUUAAUAUCGUGGAUAGUGUUAUUAAAAUCCAAUGGGAAGAGUUAAUAAAACAAAUACAUACGAAUCAAGCUGAGUUUUUAAAAAACGUUGCUGAUAUACAUGCAUUAUCUUCAGGCCUAAAAGCAACCAUAACAUGGUGGGGUAGUGAAAUGUUUGAAAGAUGUAGAAGAUCUCUGGGUGGUCACGCUUAUUCAGCUUAUAAUGCUAUCGGACCUGCUAUCGGAGAUUGGGGUGUUACUACUACCGGCGGUGGUGAUAAUUUUGUGCUUUUACAACAAACAGCCAGAUACUUGAUAAGCUCAUACGAAAAAAUGGUCCAAGGGAAACAACUUUCUGGAUCUGUUGAAUAUUUUAACAAUAUUAAACAAUUUUCAAAAACCUUACAAUACCUUUUCCCGAGAUUGACACAAUCUCAAGAAGAUUCAUCUGUAACAUGGAACAAUAAUCAAAUCUCUUUGAUACGUCUUUCAGAACUUCACUCAUUCAGAUAUUGUCUUUCGGAGUAUAUUCAAGGCAUUUCUAAAUACCAAAAUUCAAUUCCAGAGUUUCAAAAUUUAUGUCCAAUUCUUACAAAAUUAGGACAAUUAUGGUCAAUUCAUUUAAUAUACGAAUCAUUAAAAGAAUUUUUAGAAGAAGGUUAUUUUGGAAAAGAACAAGCUAAUAUUGUAAAAAAUGCUUACUUCGGGAUGUGUAAAAAGUUGAGAAAAGAAAUUAUACCUCUCGUCGAUGCGUGGGGAUAUCCAGAUUUUAUCUUGCAAGCUCCUUUGGGAAAAUUCGACGGUGAUGUUUAUAAAGGUAUAUCUUUAGAAAUAUAUUUAGAGCAAGUCUAUUUGUAA